UCCACUUCCGGGAAAAACAAACUUGUCCCAGAUGCGAUUUGCUACUAGCGGUUGAUUAUAAACAUUGUCAGGCUAUUGUUUCAACAAGGAAGCUGAAUCAACCAUGCCGGAUCACGCAUGAUAAUCACGGAAGCCUGAACGCAAAUCACGAUUGACCUUGUGCUUGCACACGUGUGUCGACUUGGGCAACUUUGGACUUUGGAUAGCUUGAUGCAGGCGUCACGCUCGGCCGAGUUCUCGUUUGCUCGGAAGCUCAGUUCGGUUGUUCGUGGUCUUACAGGCAGCAUGUUGCGGAAAUUGGCAGCGUUCCUUGCGCUAGGUGUAACAUUGUCUUGUUACGUCGGGUUUAGCUGCUGCUUGACCACUGUCAUCGUGUUUUUAGUUUAUUUAUUGACAGGGGGACACAGAUUUGCUUUGGUGGUUUGCAGGACCAUUCGUCGAGAUCUGAAAGGCCUGUUUGUGCUCAUGAAAUUAACCUUAGGUGUGAGGUAUUAUCUCAGGAAGAAUGCAACUGUUCCAGCUCUAUUCCAAAACAAUGUCAAGAAGCAUCCCAACAGAGCUUGUUUCAUUUAUGAAGACAAGACUUGGACGUUCAAGGAUGUGGAAAAAUAUUCCAAUUCAGUGGCAAACUUUUUUCACGAGGCAGGAUACCAAAAAGGAGAUGUUGUGUCAAUCUUCAUGGAAAGCCGUCCUGAGUAUGUGUGUUUCUGGCUGGGCCUGUCAAAGAUUGGCGUUGUUGGGGCGCUCAUAAACUUCAAUCAAAGAGACAAGGCUUUUGCCCACAGUUUGAAUGUGUCACAGUCCAAAGGACUGAUAUUUGGAGGGGAACUAUCACAAGCGGUGAAGGAUGUACUCCCACUGCUGGAGAAUAACCUGUCUUUGUACAGCAGCGGUAGCCUAGCAACCAAUGACAUCACACCCAUCAACCUUGAUCAGAUGCUUCAGAAAAGUCCAACAUAUCCUCCCCACUAUACCCAGGGGUCUUUUAGAGAUAAGUUAUUCUACGUGUACACCUCCGGAACCACCGGCCUACCAAAGGCUGCCAUUGUCACCCACACCAGGUUUUACUACAUGUCCACCGCCAUCCGCCAUUUCUUCAGCAUCAGCUCCAGUGAUGUACUUUAUGAUACACUGCCCCUGUACCACACUGCAGGGGGAAUUCUGGGAAUUGGACAGGCGUUUAUAGGUGGCGUUACUGUUGUCAUACGCAGGAAGUUCUCUGCCAGUCAGUUCUGGAGUGACUGCACCAAAUACAACUGUACAAUUGCUCAGUAUAUUGGUGAAAUCUGUCGCUACUUGCUCCUCCAACCAUUUCGUCCAGAGGAGACUCAGCACCGGGUUCGUCUGAUGUACGGCAAUGGACUCCGGCCUCAGAUAUGGGCCGACUUUCAGAAGAGGUUUGGGGUCAAGGUUAUGGGGGAGUUUUAUGGCGCCACAGAGGGCAACUGUAAUAUAGUCAAUUUUGAAAACAAAGUUGGAGCUGUUGGCUUCACAACCCGCAUUGCCCCUUUCUUGUACCCAGUAACUCUGAUCCGCGUAGACGAGGACAGCGGGGAGCCCUUGAGGGACAGACAUGGGAUGUGUGUACAUGCUCAGCCAGGUGAGACUGGAGAGUUGGUGGGGAAGAUCGUAAAGGGCAACCCGCUGCGAGAGUUUGACGGCUACGUCAACAAGAAGGCAUCUGAGAAAAAGAUUGUCGAGAACGUGUUUAGGAAGGGAGACACAGCAUUCCUUACUGGAGAUGUGUUGAUGAUGGAUGAUUUGGGAUACAUGUAUUUCCGCGACCGAACAGGAGACACGUUCAGAUGGAAAGGAGAGAAUGUGUCCACGUCAGAAGUAGAAGGCACCAUCAGCAACGUCCUUAAACUGCAGGACGCCGUCGCUUACGGUGUGGAAGUCCCAGGGUACGAAGGUCGUGCUGGAAUGGCUGCCAUUGUGGAUGAGACGAACUCCAUCAACCUGGCUGACCUGAACCAGGCCCUGCAGCGGUCCCUGCCCCCAUACGCCCGGCCGGUCUUCAUCCGACUGACCAAGGAGGUGGACACUACAGGCACCUUCAAGCUGAAGAAGACAGAUCUGAGGAAGGAAGGGUACGACCCUAACGGUGUGAAGGACAGACUGUAUUACAUGAAUGCCAAAGCUGGGAUGUUUCAGCCCAUUACUCAACAAGUCUACAAAGACAUCUGUGAUACAAAGAUCCGAUUCUGAGCUGUACCUCCGAGUGUUUGGUUUGUGUGAAACGUCGGACUCUCACCACAACGUUCCAAGUGCAUUAAUAUUCAACCCCUCUUCAAGUUUGUACUGUGCCCCAAAUGAAGUAUAUUUUAUAAACAAACUGUUCUCCAAUAACUGUGGAUAUAGACUAUAUGAGAGCCUAAUAAUCAUUCUGUUGUUGGUUCUCCAUAGGUUUUAUUCUGUAGUAAUUAUGGUGUCUAUGGUAUAGAUAGGAGUAGUUUUAUAUGUUUUGUUAUGAGUACCGUAAUAUUUUUCAUAUUCAAGACUAAAGAGUGAAAUAUCAUAACUUAUGUCUUGUUAUGAGAAUUUGUUGACGUGUAGGUUUUAGUCUGCAAAGGACAGGUUAUGAUGUUCAACUGUUCGACGACUUGUCUAUUCUCAUUUUUGGACAGCCAGGGUGAUGGAGUGUGUAAGUGUUACCAACACGGGUGAUUUUCCAACUUCAAGAUAUAUCUAACUAUGAGCAAGUCUGUGACCCAAGGGGAAUUGUUUACCCUAUAUUUGUCUACGUCUAAGUACAUUAUCUUUGGUCAAAUUAUUGUUUAAUUUCAAAUACAAAUGAUUCUUGAAAACCUCUUUUUGACUCUUCUUAUUCUCACAUACACAAGUAGUAUUGUAAGUCAAAAACAAGAAAGUGUUGACAGUAAGAAUGUCUGGUUACCAUUCACAGCACACCCCUGAUAAGAUUUGCUCCUUUUUUAACUAUGAACAUACUGGAAGUAAAACACUCCCUUAUCAGACCUUGUCCUUUAUUUGAAUCUUGUUUGCAUGUUUUGGCAAUUUCUCGUAAUCGUUGAGUUCUCUUAUCCUGUUCAGUCUACCUCCAUUUUAUGACUUAGUACUGGUAGAUUUAAGAAGUGAGAAAACACAUCAUGUAGUCUAUCAGGCCUAAGAUGUAUAUACAGCCUGUAUCAAAAUCAUUAAUAGGGAGCAGCAGAGAGACAGUUAUCACAGCUACCAUUCCAACAAGUUAUUUGUAACAAUAUCAUCAACAAUUUUAUUAAAUACAGGCACUUGGUUAAAGUGUGAUAGAUUUAUUUGGUUUUUCAAUGCAAAUAUAAGGUAAACUUGUUUCUGAAUAUUGCCUUGCAAAUAUGGAGAACAAGGUAGUGUAAAUAGAGUAUUCAUCAUGAGUGGUUUUAAAUAUGGAAAAUAUCAAGAGAGUCUUAGUCGGUAUUUGCCGAGCCUGUGGUGAGUUUAAUUAAUUAACGAUGUUUUGUUGUUAGGCAUGUACUGUUUUUGCCAGCAUUUAGAUCAAAUGUUUUCAGGAAAAUGGCAUGUUUUCUCAGGGUUUUGGUACUCAGUGGAACUAAUGUUGUGAUGCAGCUGUUUGUUCCGUCAUGUUGAGAUACUGUAUUUGAAAUGUAUUGUAAGUCUGGUGUUCAUGUAAGUUCUACUGUGUUUUCUCUAUGUGCUUUCAACAUUUAGACCAAAUCACCAUGUCAUUUGUUAAUUUUUUAAAAGUUAAAAGUGUGUCUGUUGAAUUUGCUGUCUUAAAAAUAAGCUUUAAGAUGUUUUAAUAAGGAUGCGCAUACAACCAUUGUGAUAUUUCCAUAGCUUUUCACCUUGUAUGCCUGGAGUUUACAGAGGGUAGAAGUUUCAUUGACAUUUGUGGGAUCAGAACAUUUCAGUGACAAAUGUUUUUUGUAAUGGUAAUAUGUUAUACUCGUAUGUGCCAUGUUACUUUUUGAACUUGACCAGGAACAAAGUUAAUCCAGUUAUUUCAGUCAAUAUGGUUUAUAGAGACAUUUAUGGAACACCGUUCGGAAAAUAUCCAGUUUCUCUGGUUUAUGUAUACAUGGAUAUAAUACCUUAUUAUUCAAUAACCAAUGACAGAAUAAUCGGCAUAAUCAUACAAUUAUUGUACCCCGACCUUAAAGGGCGGGGGAUAUAUAGUUAUACUAAGGAAUUUCUUCAGUCUGUCCUUUGCGUGACCUACAACUUAAAAACUACUACAUUGUACAUUGAUUUUUUCAAACUUGAACACUUUUUAUACCUUUUGGAGAUGUGCAGUGCAAAGUUUGAUAGUGAUACGUGUAUUUUCUGAAAACGUGUGUAUUUCUUGUUGUGAACUUAGAACAUAUUUUUUAUUUCAACAUUUGUGCUACCAAUGACUUGAAAACUACUCCAUGGAUUCUUUUCCAAUUGAGGGAACACUUUCUAUACCAAAAGUUUGAUUUCGAAAAGUGUAUUUUUCUGAAAAAAUAUUGUUUUGAACUUAGAAAUAUGUUGGAGUCGAGGUUGGGGGUAUAAGUGAGCCUCCUGCCUUGUUAUAUAUGAAGAUAGUCCUGGCCCAUGGUCUGAAUAUGUUACGGGAUUGUAUACCAUAUGUUUCUCCAUUAGCGACAUGUCAUGUUUUCACCCCGGGCUGAUAUGGCUCGUCAAUGCAUUAGGCUAAAAAAAAUAAUAGUCUUAGUUGUCAGGCACUGCCCACAUCGUCACACAGUUACUUCCCUUUACAUGCACACUGCUUUACUGCGCAUCUCGUGUUGUGGUCAUGGCGGCAAUAGGACUUUGUAUGCCUGUUAAUAUAGGGAGGCCCUUUCCCAGGCUGAUGGUACACAACUGUUUAUUUUGGAACAUACCGGUACUAGUUCGAGCAAGCAAAAAAAACAACAAAAAAAACACCGCCCGCCCCCACUCUAAUUUCAAAAGUCAUUGCCUGAGAACCAAUUCUUUUAUUUAUUUAAGCCUUAUGAAUGGGCAAUCAACAUUAGCCCGGGUGCUAGGAAAUCAUAGUUGCGUCACUUUGUGCAUUUUCUGCUUGGUUGAUAUGGGAUAAUAGUAUUUGACAUAAACAUUUAUUUCAUGGAAUUCUUGUGCAGCAGUACUUCCAAUUUCGGUUACAUUUGGGGCUCCGCAUUCUAUCCAUUUCUGUCACAUUUUUUUCUCUCACGCUUUGAUCAAAUUCCUUUUAUACCACAACACACUGUGUUGGUUCACUGUAAGGUAUCUCAAUGUUUUCUGAUACUUUCUAGUAUUUCUUGCAUUUACAUGGUUCAAAAGUUGGAUAGAACACUCUUCCUCGGUUUUGGUUGAAAAUGUAAAACUAACAAUCUCUAAAUAUUGAAGCAGCAUGCAGAGUAGACGGGUCUGUUGCAUGCUGCAUGACAAAUAAUGCAGAUGUAACUAGCUUUCAAGCAUUAUGCAGAAUUAUGAAAAUAUUUAACAGUUAAUUUCACACCAUACCUUCAUGUGCGGUCAUAGCUGAGGUUGACAAUUACACAUCCUCAAAUCAAACGAUGUGGGUUCAAACUCUGCUGGCAACACAUGUUUUGGGAAUAAAAUUGAAAUUAUUCACUCGUCAAUAAAUGUAAAAAAUAAAAAAGACACAGUUUAUGGAUAACAACUUCUUUAAUACUGUAAAGUCGACGGUUCAGUAUAGAUCCUAUUACCUUUGUCAAGCAAGACAGUCUAAUCAUGAUAAUUGUUCAAAUCUCAUCGUGUACAUUUCAUUCAUGCCAAAAGAAAUCCUGUUUAUCUCAUUACCUUUUAUUUUGGUGAACGGACAGGACCACUCUAUCAUAUUUAAUACAUAAAUCACAGUCGUGUUUGACUUUCUGAUGUAUAUAUAAAUAAUGGACACAUGGAUAUAUUGUUAUCAAAGUGACAGCCUUCAGCUGACAGAAUGACUUUCUACCACAUUGACAUGACGAUCCCCUCCAGAACCUUCAGGUGAUGUGUUACAUGUAUUAACAACAUGAUCAGGAAAUCAGAGGGUUUAAUCCACUUUGAAUACAUUAAGCUGCUACCAUGGUUACACUUGAGGAAUUUAAGAGAGUUACAAUAUUUCAUUUUUGUCAAUUGAUGCAAUAGUUGCAUCACUGUAUUGCACCCCUGGGUGCCGUUGUACAAAACAACCUUAGCGGUGCAACUUUUUUAAGUCAAUGUUAAGAUGUGGGUUGCGAUCACCUUAGUUAUAAAAUCGCUUAGCACAACAGUACCCAGGUCUUAGGAUAUACUCAAUCAACACUCAAUAUAAUAAUAAUAAUAAUAUCAGGUGGUCAGACUCCGUGACUUAGUUUAUUGGGUGUCAAUGUACCCCAAGGGCAUGGAUCCUCUUAAUAGCAGUCACUGGAUUCUCUCCUCCAGACUGGAGUAUUUACAGACCACCAUCAUACCCAGGGACGAGAGUCUGCCACUGAUCCGUGAUUUUCCUUGAAUUUUUGGGAAAACAAAUUUGUUAAAAUCUGAUGGCUUCCCCCAUACACACCCUUAAAUUAUGGACCACGCUCCAUUGCAAAGAUGUUUCAGCUGGAAAUGAAAAUAGCCAUUCUCUUCCCUGUAUAGCUGGAAUAUUGCUGAGUGCAGUCUCAAACAACAAACACAUUGAUGAUAACUUUUGCAUCUUCACCAAGUGUACACAGUAUGUAUAAGCAUGUUGUUUGAUUUGGGUUGGUUUUGAGUUAUUAUUUUGCUCACCCUCAAGACAGAGGUGAUGUUUAUGGUGUGAAAAUGUGCCAGUAUGUUGUGUGACUGUAUUUAUUCAGAAAUGAUGAAUUUAUAAUCUCUAUCAGAUGUAGUUCUGUACAUUUGUAAAUAGAAGGAAAUCUAUCAUUUGCUAUGUAAUAAAUCUGUCUUUAUA